CGGGAGAAGAUGGCGGUGAGGCGGCGGCUGAUGGAGCUGCUCCAGGGCAUGGACGGACCGGGCUCCGUCGUUAUGGAGCAGUCGUCCUCCGCCCCCUCUUCUCCUUGUGUCUCACCGCCGCGCUCGCCGCUGGCUUUACCCCCGCGGCUGCUGUCGGAGCAGUGCGCGGUGUUUCACUGCCGCGGCUGCUGGACGGUGCUCGGGGACUCGCUGGAUCUCUGCGCGGAGGACCCGCAGCUCGGCGUCCUCGCCUGCUACAAAGUGACAGACAAGGUGGUCUGGCAGGAUUCGCUCAUGGUCGGCCUGGAGGGAGCCCUCGAGGGAUGUACAUACUAUUUUUUAUCCUGUGGCUCGUGUGACUUGGUACUGGGUUUCAUUCUUUACUCUGCCCCCAGUAACCUGGCCUAUCUCCGAAGCUGCUUCUCCUUACUCAAGGACAACAUCAUCUGUUAUCUCCUACAAAAUCAAAUGACAGUAGAAGCCUCUAAGGUGAAUUUUCCUCCUGUGACCUUAAAGGAAUCAGUCCAGAAAAUGAAAGAAAAAGUUGUGGAGCUCUACUUUCGCAUGGAAAGUGUGAAGAAGCAGCUGGAGGAACUGGAAGAAGAGAGAAUAAUCUGAGACAUUCUAAUAAUAUCUCAGAGAUAAUCUGAGAAGAGAGAUAAAUGGACAGAAAUGGUGAGCUCUUCAUCAAAUGCACUUGCCCUGCAACCAAGAUAUGAAAUAAUCAGGGUCAUUAAUAAUAUGCCAUCUUCAAGAACUGCUGCAGUUUGUUUCUGCACCUCCACUGGGGUAGUUUACUGUGAUGAAUUAAUGCACAACAGGUUUGAGUGUUGCUCUGUCACUUUAUCUGUGUCUAGAAAUAAGCAAUGCUUAAGUGCACCCCUUCUUUCUAAGGGGAACACCUGAAAUCUGACAUUCUGAAGUUAUGCUUGGGAAAAUGAGUGGCUGAUCCAUGCAGAGCAUCUCUCUCUGAGACAGUGUAACCAUGGCUUUGAUUCUCUGAAAUUAACUCAGGAGGGAAAAAAGUCUGAAAUACUGAAAAACAGUUUUUUGAAAACUUUAUGAAACAUCCUAACAAGAGGAGCUAUUACAAAUUGAAUGUUCUUACAGAGAUCCAAAGUUCUGUGUUAAAUACUGUGUUAAAUACAGUGCUCAUGGCAGCCAGCUGUUGGUCAAGUGGUUCAGAUGCAUCUGGUAUGUGAGGUGCUGCUAAAUGGCCUCCUGCAAAGCAGCAAGCUAGCAUGCCAUGAGAGCUGCAGAGUGUGCUGAAGGCAUGAGACUGGGAGGCAAAAUGCUGGCUGGAGCAAAAGGUUUUGGAUUGCAGAUUGCCAAGGGCAAGCCAUGUGCCUGGCAAGUCCUGUGGAAGUGCAGGAGCAAGUCAAAUUCUGGCAGCUCAGUGAAGCUGAGGCUGUGAGCCACUGCCUGUAACAGAUCAGAGCCUUUUGGGGGGGGGCUGAUGUGAAACUGAGGAACAGUCUUUCAUUCACCUUCACUUCUGCUUAAUUAACACUGCUCAGCUGAAGUUGUGAUCAUCUGCCUGCUGCCAAGAUGUUUCAUAAAAAAAACCCUGAUGGGUACUCAGUGGGAGCUCUCUGGUUUGAGUGGGUUGGUUUUUUCCAAACAUCUAGAAAGCAAUUUGAUGGAGAAGAAUGAACACUGCUUUCCCCCUCCUGUUGGGACAGAAUAUCUUUAUUCCCAGUCCUUUUUGUCUCCCUUUGUCUGACUGAAGGGCUGCUUUAAACUUUAUGAAAAGUUUAGCAGCUGUCUGUAGUAGCCUAGAGGGUUAUAUUUACUUGAUCAACUUAAUUUCAAUGAUGCAAUCUGCCAUUCCUUUUCUUCUAUUUCCACAAAUGUUGGCCCUGUUCUUGCUAAAGCCAGUAUUUCAUGGUCAUAAUUUUUAUUUGUAAAACAGCUCUUCCUUGGAGCAGAUGGGACAGGACUUGCUGCCAGGCACCUCAGAAGCUUUAGGUGGUGUCUGUUGUACUGCUUUUUGAUUAAUAGUUCCAGGGUUUUUUUAUUUGGAGUUCUUGGAUAUGACUAAGCAAUAACAUAAUGUAUCAACAUCCAUUUUGCAGGGAGAGGAGGGGUUCUCUCUGUUAAAUAAAGUUUUAUGAAUCUGACAGGUGUUAAGUGCAAAAAUGCAGUGCCUUUUAAUGGCAAGAUAUUCUAACUACCUGAAGUAAAUGUUACAGAACCAGUAAGUUUUUAAAGCUAUAUUGUGCAAAGUUCAGCACAACAGAGUUCUCUGUUGUGCAGAGAGUUCUUUAAGGGCCUGGUGGUCUAACUGGGGUUUUGUGACUAAACUUGUUUUGUGCAAGCAUCCCCUUAUCUUGGGUAAAUGUGUUCUAUUUUAUAGUCUCACUGUCUCUCUUGUGUUACUUUCUAAGCCCUUUUGGUCUUGCACCAGUCUAAGAAACAGAUUGACAAUUGGACUACUUGCUUUUGCCCUUUCAUUUGGGUUUCUGCAUUGAGACUGUUUCUUGCUGCUUACUUUACAUCUGUAUUUUGUAGGAUAGUGCUACACUUGCUUCAUCUAGCUGUGUCCAGCCCUAAAAGGAAGAGAACGCUGUCAGUUAUAUUUUAUUGUAUUAUCUUUAAAGUUGUAAAGAAAAAUACUUUAAUUAAAAAACCCAGUGAAAU